AGGUCAAAAUGGGGAGCUGGCCUGCGGUUGCAGCAUCAAGCCAGUGGCUGGAGGGUAUUUGAAAAUGGUAUUACAAUGCUGCAGGGUUCAAUAAACUGGGACUAAUGCAAGAUGAUACAACAUAUGAGAAUGAUGAUGUGAAAGAGGCCAUAAGAAGGCUUCCUGAGAACCUUUAUAACUACAGGAUGUUUCACAUUAAGAGAGCACUGGACCUGACCAUGAGGCACCAGGUCUUGCCUAAAGAGCAGUGGACAAAAUAUGAGGAGGAUAAAUUCUACCUUGAACAAUAUCUGAAAGAAGUUAUUCGGGAAAGAGAAGAAUGGGCAAAUAAAUAAUCAUGGAGUUGAUAUCUGUGGUUGCAGCUGCCCUCAAAUAUUUUUAAGAAGUUGGGUAAACCCGAAAUGUACAAUUUGGAAUUAUUUGAGCUGCAAUGUUAUUACUUUAAAUAAAUGUCUAUUG